ACAGAUUAUAAAAGCACCCGAUUCCUCUGAUUCCGCAGCCACACCUUUCACACUCUGCCAUUUUCCUUCACCGUUCCGCUCCCUCCGCUGCGCUUCGCCUCGCCGCCGCCACCAUGUGUGGGAUUCUGGCAGUGUUCGGCUGCAUCGACAACUCCCAGGCCAAGCGCUCCCGCAUCAUCGAACUCUCGCGCAGGUUGAAGCAUCGAGGUCCUGAUUGGAGUGGAUUGCACUGCCAUGGAAAUUGUUAUCUUGCUCAUCAACGGUUGGCGAUUGUCGACCCUGCUUCUGGAGAUCAGCCUCUUUACAACGAAGACAAGACCGUUGUUGUCACUGUUAAUGGUGAGAUAUAUAACCAUAAGCAAUUGAGAGAAAAUCUGAAGUCGCAUCAGUUCCGAACCGGCAGUGACUGUGAAGUGAUUGCACAUCUUUAUGAAGAACACGGAGAAGAGUUUGUAGACAUGUUGGACGGCAUGUUUUCCUUUGUCCUCCUUGACACGAGAGACCAAAGUUUUAUCGCAGCUCGAGAUGCAAUUGGUAUCACCCCACUUUACAUGGGCUGGGGUCUUGAUGGAUCAAUUUGGUUUGCUUCAGAAAUGAAAGCUUUAAGUGAUGAUUGCGAAAGAUUCAUAUCUUUUCCUCCUGGGCAUAUUUACUCUAGCAAGCAAGGAGAACUUAGAAGGUGGUACAAUCCACCCUGGUUUUUGGAACAGACACCAUCGGCUUCUUAUGAUCCCAUAGUUUUACGUAAGGCUUUUGAGAAGGCUGUGGUGAAGAGACUUAUGACAGACGUACCAUUCGGUGUUCUUUUGUCUGGAGGACUGGACUCAUCACUUGUUGCUGCUGUGGCUUGUCGCUAUUUGGCUGAUUCAGAAGCUGCAUGUCAGUGGGGAUCACAGUUACACACUUUUUGCAUUGGCUUGGAGAAAUCACCAGAUUUGAAGGCAGCGAGAGAAGUUGCAGAGUAUCUUGGGACUCGUCAUCAUGAGUUUCACUUUACUGUCCAGGAAGGCAUAGAUGCACUUGAGGAAGUUAUUUACCAUACUGAAACAUUUGAUGUAACGACUAUCAGAGCUAGCACUCCCAUGUUUCUUAUGUCUCGAAAAAUUAAAUCUUUGGGAGUAAAGAUGGUUCUUUCUGGGGAAGGUUCAGAUGAAAUUUUUGGAGGUUACUUGUAUUUCCAUAAGGCACCAAACAAGGAGGAGUUUCACCAAGAAACAUGUCAGAAGAUUAAAGCUCUUCAUCUGUAUGACUGUCUGAGGGCCAAUAAAUCAACUUCAGCUUGGGGUGUUGAGGCCCGUGUGCCCUUUUUAGAUAAAGAGUUCAUCAAUAUUGCCAUGAACAUUGAUCCAGAAUGGAAAAUGAUCAGGCCUGGGAGAAUUGAGAAGUGGCUCUUACGCAAUGCAUUUGACGAUGAUCAGAAGCCAUAUUUGCCAAAGCACAUAUUGUACCGGCAGAAGGAACAGUUCAGUGAUGGUGUUGGCUACAGUUGGAUUGACGGCUUGAAAGAUCAUGCAAACAGUCAAGUAACAGAUUCAAUGCUGAGCAAUGCUAGCUUCGUUUACCCUGAAAACACUCCUACGACAAAAGAAGCAUACUAUUACCGGACAAUAUUUGAGAAAUUCUUUCCAAAGAAUGCUGCCAGAUCGACAGUUCCGGGUGGUCCAAGUGUGGCGUGCAGUACAGCAAAAGCUGUGGAAUGGGAUGCAGAAUGGUCAAAAAAUCCUGAUCCAUCUGGCCGUGCUGCACUUGGUAUUCAUACAGCUGCAUACGAGGAAGCAGGGGAUGCAGAAAAUGGAAAUGUUCUUAGUGGCUCUAAAAAAGUACGAGAAGGGAUUGUGGAGAAAGCUGCCGCGGUUGUUUGAAUUCAACUCAAUUUCAAAACUUACGGGUUCAGGUCUUAGCUGUAGUUAAUUUGUCCAGGUCUUGGUUGGUAUUGGUUUCUAUUCUUACACGUCUAAAAGACCGUCUUAGUUGGUAUUUGUUUUGCGUAUAAGAAACACAUUGUGAACCAGUAUAGUAUUUACAAUGAUUACUACCUAAUCAAAAUCGUCGUACAAUGCUAAGGUCGUGUUUAUGUACA